GACGGCCGGGGGGAAAUUUGUGAAUGGCCUUAGCUGAAUGAGAUGUGCAGUCAUUUAUGAUGCUUUACCUGCACUUUACAAGGUUGCGUUUUCAUUUUGCGUGAUACUAACCAGGACUGGACUGUGACAGGGACAAUAUGUCGGACGCUGGAGGCACCCGGAGUCCAGACCAGCUGAAUAAAUUUGAGAAACUGACAGGCAGGCCGCCGCUCACUGUAACGCUAGCAGGUCAUCGCACACCCCCUGCCCGCAGUGGGCAUCGCUGUGUUGCUGACAACACCAACCUGUAUGUGUUUGGAGGAUACAACCCCGACUAUGAUGAGUCAGGUGGCUCGGAGAACGAGGACUAUCCGCUGUUCAGGGAGCUUUGGCGGUACCAUUUCGCCACAGGCUCCUGGCAGCAGAUCCGCACAGAGGGCUACAUGCCCACGGAGCUGGCCUCCAUGUCAGCGGUUUUGCAUGGCAACAAUCUGCUGGUGUUUGGUGGCACCGGCAUCCCCUUUGGUGAAAACAAUGGGAACGACGUGCAUGUUUGCAAUGUGAAGUACAAGCGAUGGUCACUGCUCAACUGUCGGGGGAAGAAGCCCAACAGGAUCUAUGGCCAGGCAAUGGCCAUUAUAAACGGCUUCCUGUACGUGUUUGGAGGGACAACAGGCUACAUCUACAGCACAGACCUGCACAGGCUGGACCUGACCACCAGAGAGUGGAUCCACCUUAAGCCCAACAACCCGCCCCACGAUCUGCCUGAGGAACGGUACAGGCAUGAAAUAGCACACGACGGACAGAGGAUCUACAUUCUGGGAGGAGGGACGUCCUGGACAUCGUACCCUCUGGACAAGAUACAUGCUUACAAUCUGGAGACCAAUUCCUGGGAGGAGAUUACAACUAAACCUCAUGACAAAAUAGGGUAUCCUGCUCCUAGAAGAUGUCAUAGCUGUGUGCAAAUACGGAACGACGUAUUUAUCUGUGGAGGUUACAACGGGGAGUUGAUAUUAGCGGAUCUGUGGAAGAUCAACCUGCAGUCGUUCCAGUGGAGUAAACUACCGGCGGUGAUGCCAGAGCCUGCCUACUUCCACUGUGCUGCUGUCACCCCGGCCGGCUGCAUGUACAUCCAUGGUGGCGUGGUGAACAUCCAUGAGAACAAGAGGACUGGCUCUCUGUUUAAGAUCUGGCUGGCUGUGCCAAGCCUGCUGGAGCUGUGCUGGGAGAAGCUGCUCAAGGCUUUCCCCCACCUGACGUUACUCCCCCCCAUGCAGUUACUCAACCUGGGCCUCACACAGGAACUCAUUGAGCGCUUGAAAUAGACCGCUCAGGGGAGGAUGGACAGACGAAUGGAUGAGGUGGGAGGGAGGCGGUGAUGUCUGCCAGAGCACAGGAUUUAUUUUGCGGAAAAAAUCUCGGGAAAACGCCCUCUUCUUCCCCUGCCUAACGUAGCCCUGCCUUAAAACCAAAAACAAUGGGAUGCCUUUUUUGUUGUUUUCAUUCUUGUUUGUACUUAUGAAAGAAAUGUGGAAUGUUUUAUGGAUUUUACUCAAACCACCCUGCCACCAGUGUCCCCCACAACAUGUUGCCUUUGCAGUAGCAAGGUAUGAGUUCCACCUUCCCAUCCUCCAAAUUGUGACUUCUGGAAAUAUUUUAUUUCACACCAUGUCAUGUUUAUAACCAUCUCUCUCCUCACCUUUUUUUAUCAGCUUUCUUUACCACUUUUAAGAAUGCUGUUUUCAAAGGAAAGCUGCAUGUAUAUUUAUUUAAAGGACUAAAGCAGUGUCUUGGUUUGUUUUCUUCAUAAGAUUUUGUGUUUCAUACCUGUUUGCACCUAUUUUCCAGUACCAUGAGGCAUUAAGGCACUAAGUUAGAAGUGAUCAGGCUUGUAGUUUGUCAGUCUAAAAAGUGGACAGCAGUGGAUAAACUGCAAGACCUGAGCUCAAUAACACAUCUUUCCUCCACUAUGUGGGUUUCACUUAUAUGCUCUUGAUUAGUGUGUGUGUGAGGCAAAGUCAAAUGCUGUUCUUGUCUGCUCCUGCACCAUUACAUUUAGGGUUAGCUGUUUUCAUUGAUACCUUAUAUUACAGACCAUUGUCUGAGGAGAAAAGGUGGCAAACUUUAAAAUGCAUCAAUAAUGCUUUAUUUAAAACAGUUCAAGUAACUUCAUUUCCAUCUUGUUUGCUUGCAGCUCUCAUUUGUAAACCAAACCAUACAUCACUGUGAAUUUGGUGCUCCUAAAGUUACUUUAAAAUUCUUUUAUUCAAAUAAAGACUAAUCUAAUUGUGUUUCAAUCUUUUACUCCCUCUCUGAUGAUCAAAUGGAAGUGAAUACUUUGGCAGGGGAGUUGCUUUAGUAGCGGGCUUAUACAAACACUUGUUUCUCUAAUGCAGUGCCUUUCCCAGAAUUUUAAUGUUGUUGAAAUAUCACGAAUUUGGGCAGUGAAAGAUCUUUGCAUGUUUUAACAAACACGACAUUCUCUUAGAAAAGUACUUCAGUGUGUUCAUGUAUUGUGGGACUCCAUUUCCCAUGAGAUAAACAGUAGUGAAUGUUUUUUAAUCAUUUAUUCUGCUGUUACUUUUAACUAUGCUACCAUUAUAUGUACUCAUUCCACAUAUUGGUGGCAGGAGUUUAAAUUUUGUAUCCUGUGUUAAAACUUUGCUUCUCGAUGUGACUGCCUGUGAAUGGCCAGACACAGAGGUGUGCUACAGGACAGGAUGCAGCAUACUAAGCCUAAGAACCUUGCUAGCAGUAUUGUUGUAAGGAUGAAUUACCACAACUGUUUCCUUUUAGGGAUUAAUCCUAAAAGCAGUUUGAAUUUUCUUAUACCAAGUGUCAUGGUAAUGUGAUCAAUACAGUUAAUUUGAUGUUUAGUUCAUGAAUAUGUAACUGAUGCCAAAUAUUGUUGCACCUUGAGCGGAGUGUGAUCUUAAUCUGGUGUGAGAGGAUAGAAUGGACUUUGGAUUCAGGAUCACGAUGUGAUUUUUGCCAAUUUGAUCAGUGGUGCUUCCCAUGAAUGCAUGAGUCUGCCUGCACUUACGUCUUUACCUUGCCCCUUUUUCUGUUCUGCAUAACAAAGUACUAGUUGCAUGAUAUCAUGCCCCUGCUUUUUUUUUUUUUUUUUACAUGGACUUUGAAUUCUUUAUUCGGUGACAAAUAGUUCUAAUACGACCACUAAAAUGUUGACCUGUAUAUGUGAAUGUUGUGUUUGAGCUCAGUCAAUAAAAGUGUACAGUGGUUUCA